GCGGCCCACAGAAGCCGGCUCUGCUCGGGGAGUGGGGAGCGGCACGGGGUGGCGCCGGGAGGCAAAAGAGAAGCUCAAGGUAGGGGCGUUGUGAGAGCAGUGGCUUGCGCGUGUUUUAAGGGCGUUUCUCCUGUGCCUGCAGGUCCGGGAGCAGCCCGGUUCCCGCGGCCCCGGGAUGGAUACCGGGCUGCCUCCCGACGCGCUGGGUCGGCGGGUCGCCUGUGGCACCGACUACGGGACUGUGCGCUAUGUGGGCAGCGUGUCUCCUACUGCAGGAAUUUGGCUGGGCAUGGAAUGGGAUGAUCCUCAGAGGGGAAAGCAUGAUGGCAGCUAUGAAGGAACACAGUAUUUUAAGUGCAGGCAUCCUAAAGGAGGAUCCUUCAUCCGGCCAAACAAGGCAAAUUUUGGAGUAGAUUUUCUUACUGCAGUAAAGGAUCGGUAUGGAUUGAAUGAUAACCAGGAUGUUCAAUGUGGCGCAGGGAAUACCGUAGUAUUUGGAACGAAGACUGUGGAAUUUGUUGGCAUGGAUUCGGUUGCAGAACAGCAAAGACAACUGAACAAACUGGUGAAUAUCUCAGUGCGUGAGUGUGCAGUGAGCCAUGCUGGUCAGGAAGAGGAAAUCAGCAGAACAUGUGCCAAUAUGAGGCAUAUAAACCUAUCAAAAAAUCUGAUAUCAUCUUGGGAGACAGUAGUAGCUAUUGCUUCUCAAGUUCAAAAUCUGGAAACACUUAAUGUCAGUGAAAACAAAAUGAAAUUUCCAUCUACAUCAACUUUUACAUCCAGUGCAUUUUCAAACUUGAAGAUUCUGGCCCUUAAUCAAACUGAAAUAACAUGGACAGAGGUUCUUCUUUGUGCUCAAGGAUGGCCAGUACUUGAAGAGUUGUACCUUUCUUCUAAUAAUAUUACAGUUUUGGAACGGCCUGAUAAUGUCCUGCAGACCCUGAAGUUGUUAGACCUUUCAGAUAACCAGCUACUGGAUGGAAAUCAGCUGCAUCUCAUAGCACAGCUCCCCAGAUUAGAACAGCUAAUACUUAGAAACACUGGGAUAUCUUCUAUACACUUUCCUGAUGCUGGAUUUGGAUGCAAAACUAAAAUGUUUCCUUCGCUAAAACGCCUUGCAAUAAAUGACAAUAAAAUAUCACAGUGGUCAUCUAUCAAUGAGCUUGAUAAACUGCCAAGUUUGCGGGCACUGCAGUGUAACAAUAACCCCUUCGUGGACACAGAGAAGAACCCAGAGACCCUGAAACAGCUCAUUAUUGCCAAGAUAAGCCAGUUGGAGGUUUUGAACAACUGUGAGAUCCUUCCUGCUGAAAGAAGAGGAGCAGAGCUUGAUUAUCGCAAAAUAUUUGGAAAGGACUGGCUAGAAGCUGGUGGGCAUUGGAACCCAGAGAAAAACAAACCAAGUGAAGAAUUUCUUGCUGCCCAUCCUAGAUAUCCAGCACUUUGUCUUAAAUAUGGAGCACCUGAAGAAGGAGAACUGAAGGGACAACAGCCUUUGACUCUGAAAAAUCAGCUCCUGACGCUCACAAUUAAGUGUCCUGAGAAACCUGAACAGAAGCCAGUGGAGAAAAAACUACCAGAGUCUAUGACGAUUCAGAAGGUCAAAGGACUGCUGUAUCGCCUGUUUAAAAUUCCUGGUUCAGACCUGAAACUGUCCUACAAAAGUUCUAAACUGCCAUCCAGAUGCCCAUGCUCACAUCUUCACCCUGCGAUGAAAAUAAAAAAUACAGAUAUGAGCACCAAGAAAGCAUAAAGCAUGACUGUGACCUGGAAUGAGUUGCAUCAUCUACCAGCAGUAAAGAAUGGUAACUACAAAAACCUACGCCAGACUACUGCAGAGGUGUUGAAAUAAUCCUUCCACCUUUCCCAUAACAAUACACUGUUCUUACAAGAACAGUACAAAAAACAAGAUUACAGCUCCAGAGGUUUUCAGUCCCAAACAUCUGUGCUUUGACUUAGAACAGGCACUAAACCUAGCAACGAAAAGCAUGGCAAAAGCCCACAUGAGCCAGGAGAACCCAACACUAACACUUAAGCAAUGUUCUUUCUGACUCAUCCAGUACAUGCUGUUCCUCGGACCACUUCAACACAGAAAAACUGAACUAAUCUUUAUUACCUGGUACGUUUUUAAUCUUUCAGAGUUGCUUGCCAGCCAAUGCACAAUGUCUUUGGAGAUGACAUAGCCAGACCCACAAGCAAAGGCUGGAUAUGCAGGACUUGGAUACUCCAGUUCUUGCCAUUUCCCAGUUCGAUCAACUGCCCAAUUUAGUCUGAAACUGAAGACAUGUUAGACAUGAGAUGUUUAUGGAGAGUCCUCUGUGGAACCUAUGAACACUGAUAACUGAAGUAAUACUGAUAAACAACUGAGAGAAAGAAGUAGGUGAUCCUAAUUAUAGCUCCUAGUCUUAUUUCUCUAGGGCACAAAGCUGAAAUUGUAACUGUUGUUUGGUCUCAAUCUUGGAUAAUAAGAGAAAGUUUUCAAAACAGAAACCAAAGCAACAUUGACAGUCACAUCCUCAGCAUCUAUGCCUUGCUGUUGGGUUUUGAACUAGGUAAGCACACACAUCCUUACCUAUUUUGUAACAGGCACAUCUGUCUCCUGCUAAUUAACCCCUCUGGUGAAUCAACAUGACACAAAGGCAGUGCCUCCAGCAGGCAUGCAGACAGUGAUGUUAUGCAACCCAUUUUCCUGUUAAAGCUAGUGGCUGCUUAAAAAUCAGGAAGCAGUACUACCUUCUCUAAGCUGUUUUCCAAAUGAAGCUCAACAAAGGAGAUGUUCAAAGGCUGCCAUCACUGAAUUACAAAAGAACUCUUCCUGGCAGUGGUGUUCUCUAAGGAAGGCUUUAUUCACUCCAGAGGCCUGCAGGAAGCAGUCUCUGUCUGCAGAGUCUCCCCAGACGCUCCCAGCGUGGCAGAGCUCACUGCGGCGCUGUGCAGCGCUAUGGACCCUGCCAAACUGCCAAGUGAAAAGCAUCCUGCUUUCCUGUUUGGGAACAAGCUGCUAUUGCACUCCUCUGGCCUCACAAGUACUUCAUGCAGCCACAGCUAAGAGACAUAACUGUGUCAAUGCAGCAGGGUCUCCCCCUGUUUCACAAAGAGGUUCAGCAUUGCUGAUUUCCAGUCACAAGCACAAACAGCUGAAAGCUUCAGUGAGCUACUAAGAACUGUCACCUCAGACAACAGCCCCAAAAGGGAGGAAUUACAGCUGAGUGGCAGGUAUGUUAUCAGAUUCUGCCCAUUCUCAACUGAAGCUGACAUAUUAAAGCACAAAGUAAAUGAAAGUCUCAUCUGAUACCUGAAUUCACUUUAGGCACAGUACCUUCCACUCCACUGAAUCACAGCACGAAGGGUUCAGACUGAGAAGCAUCUGCUUUGAUAAUCAUUUUAUACUUCCAUAGUUAUUUCAGUGUUGCUCCCUACAUAUCACACGUGCCUGACCUGAAGACUGUGACUAUUAAAGAAUUUACACUGAAAGAUGUCACUCCUACAGAUCUUUGAGAUAAUCACAAGAUAACCAACUAUUUCACACACUUGACCACACACCUUAUUAAAUUGCUUUAUAAGCAACAGGCAGGAUCAGAUUUGUGAAGCAAAGCAGCAAAGGCCUGUUUUUCUUCAAUGAGCAGAGGGCAACAGGAAGGCACAUUGUACCAUUAUGCUAUAUUGAAUGCUGUAGUAGCAUAGAGGUCCUGGUAUAUUGGAUUUCAUACCAGAGCUGCAAUGCAUUCCAUGGAUGGAAGGGAAGAUAGUGACAUUACAAAAAGUAGGAUGGAAGGGAAGAUAGUGACAUUACAAAAAGUAGUAUUUAUAGUUCUGUACUAUGUACUUUUAACUUCGCUAUAUUGCUGGAAAAUUCUUAUUUACUUAAGUACCGUGACAAAGAUGUCUACACAUUUUAAAACCAGGCAAGAUAUUCAGCAAGUUUAAAUCACUGUAAAGGCAUACUCUGGAAAGUUACUGUAAAGGACUGAUUUCUGAUUCUGAGAUUCAAAGUUUAACACAUACAGAAGUCCUGCUUUUUACAUGUUGGCUUCUUUAGGCAUAGGAGGGGAACCCACAUGAAAACAGACUUAAAUCCCUAAACCAUUCAUAAAGAAAUGGUAACUAUCUCUUAAAGGUAAUUUUAAAAAACAACUUACUUUCCCCACCAAAUGUUUGGCCUGUCCAAUUUUUUCUGCAUUAUCCUGUUAAAAACACCUUCCAAAUCAAUGUAACAGUCAUCAUCCGUCUUCAGCAACAAGUCAAAACUCGUUGAUUCCACUGUCCUGUAGCCAAAAAGGAAAGUGAUGAGAUGCUGAGCUGCACACCACAAACUCCAGACAGCAUGCUCUGCAAGGGGUUUUUGGGAUGUAGGGGGGAGCAAGAGGGAAGGAACAUCUUUUCUACCCUUGACUUUUAAAUGUUUUCUCUAUCAACCAAAGCUGACUGCUUGUCCUUCAAAGGAGAUGCAGCUGUGUCCUAUGAUGAUCCUACAACAUGGACUUGUGUAUGAGCGGAAGAAAACAAAUUUGAAGUUUUGUUCUCCAGGACAGAUGGUGGAUUUACUAAUGAAACCAUCUUAAGCAGUAUUGACCUCAGAAGGACAUGAAUCCCUGAUGCUGAUGGUAGCACAGAUGUUAAAAGCCACUGGCUACAUGUCAGUAGCCUACUUUCAGGAUGAGACAGUCAGUUCAAGGGCAAUGAGAAGGUUGUAGGUGGUAAAAAACAUCUGUGGAAACAACUCUGUCUGUACUCUUUCUCUGUAAAUGCACCCUUCAAACAUGAAAAUGUUGUCUUUACCUGUCUGAAAUAGUUGAACAUGACACACAUAAAAUAACCAAAACAACUUAAGAUUCUAGGGAUCAUGGCUAGGUUGCUUACAAACAUUUGUAAGGGUAACUUCUUACAACAAGAAGGGUAUUUUUAAAAGCCUUUUAUUACUAAAUCUUGAAAAAUUGCUAAUCUGUAAGAAAUUAUCACAAAGAUCUAAGUCUUGACAUGCAAACCUCCUUUUAGAACUGAAAGCAUGGUUCAGUUUUUCAGUUACAUUCAUAGCCAUGGACUUUGUGACAUAAAUGCAUAAUCUUGCAAGCAACUAAAGUGAAUUUUGGAUAAAGUACAACUGUCAACUGUAUUUCUUACUCCACAGCAGCAUCAAUUAACUGAAACAGUUAUCUCAGAGUAAUGGAAAUCAUUGCAAAUUUAGAGGUAGAAACUUACUGGAUUAACACAGACAAUGCACUUCACUAUGAAAACUCCUCCUAUCAGCCUUCUAUCCCUGCUGUACACAUGCUCCCAAUCCUUCCCCUCCACUCAGCACUGGUGUGGCCACAUCUGGACUAUAUGUGCAGUCUUAGACUCCUCAGUACAAGAGGGACAUGGCCAUACUGGGCAGAGAGUCCAGCAAAGGCCCAUCAAGAUGAUUAUGGGACUGGAGCAACAGCCACAAACUGAAACACUGAAUAAGUACACAAACUGGCCAAAAGCCAUCCUUUACAAUAUUAAAACUGCUAGUUUUCAGAUAGAUACAAAUGAAAAGAAAUUACAAAGAGAAAUGAAAAUUUUUACACCUGGACUCUUAGAGCAGAAGCCUGUCUUGCCAGCUUGUGCAGAUUUGAGGCACCAAGGGUCAGCAUUCAAAAACUAUGGGCACUGCCGUUUUACUCACUACACGCAUCCAAAAUGUUGAGACAGAAAUACACCUUAAUGAAGUAAAUCACGUAAGGCAUGUAUUUCAUGGAACCUAUCAAGUAACAUAAUCUGCUAGAUCAUCUUGCACUACAAACAGCACCAUUCCUAAGAGAAAAUAAGAAAAUACUUUAUUUUCUACUUACCAUCGGUAGAAGUUCAGCAGUUUGGAGGGAACGUUUCUGUAAGUGUCAAUCACAUCUACAAAAACAAUGUCAUCAUACAUACUGCUUUCUUCCUUCAAUAAAGCAUCUUCCUUCUCAA